UUGUCGGUGUUCUUGUGGGGCGCUUCGGAAACUUCGAAGAAACAAUUUCUGGGGAGGUUGGGUGUCGUUUUAUUCGUCUUUCCUAUGGAGCCUUGAUCAUCGCAUGCUCGUCUUUUCUGGAACAAAAGCACUUUGAUCUUUUUGCACCAGAUCCCCUUUCUUGGCUGUCCUGCAACCCCAGAUUCAUUUGCAAAGAGACAUCGAAGCAACACUCUCUGUAGCUCAUUCAGUGACAGAACCACCAGAAAACACCAGAGCGACAAAGAAUGGCAUUCGCAGGCGGGGUCAAGACCCUGAAAAACGCCCCGGUCCCGCAACCCUCCGGUCGGGUACGCGGGACGCAAUGGCGUCACGUCGCACAGGACCCGUUCACUCCGGAGGAAGAUAUGCCGGCACAGGUGAACGACAUGGGCACCAGGGUAGUCGACAUCUACCGCAACAUGCGACAGGAAACCGGGCAGCUGGGCGUGUUUCUGAAUCAGGCGAUCCGGUCCGACGAAGGAAUAAAGCGACUAAACAAGUCCGCAAGUGUGCCUUCGAUGCGGCGAGAUAUGGACUACACGACAGCGGUAGAAGUGAAUAUUUGGAUUUCUUUCUUUUAUGUGUUGUUCCUCUUUUUUGGCGUACCAUUGGUUGCACAGCGAAUAGGAGACUCUACGAAAAUCUGAAAUAGAAGAAAACAAUUCUACUUCCUCAGCCCCGAGUAGUCGAGCACAUGGACCGCAUUGCGGACCUGGAGGCUGAGCUGCGGGAGCUGCAGCCAGCGCGCGAAAAGUCCUCGGACAGGCUUGACUGCUUCAAGAAGGUUGCGCGGUUCAAGCGUGCGGGGCUCGUGGGCGAGCGGUCCGUACCGAACUUUGACAAGUGGAAGGAAGUUUACGGAACAAAUUCUCGGCAGACGGAGUGGCGCGACUUCGCUUGCAACCGGCACAAGGUGGUACGGUGGACCAGUCGGGACCCGUUGUCGCUGCGGGGAACGUGA